AUGCAAACAGUUGAAGAACAUGAACUCUGCUAUCCACACCUCAACUCAUCCUGCAGGAAGACAAUGCGUCUUCCUUCAGUAUCCAUGCUUAUUUAUGUUACACUAUCCUCGAUCUCUCUUCUUACUGUGAUUUUUAACUUACUGGUUGUUGUCUCUGUCUGCCAUUUUAAGAAGCUCCACAGCCCCACCAACAUCCUCCUGCUCUCCUUGGCUGUUUCAGAUUGCUUGGUGGGAUUCCUCAUUGUAUUUCAGAUAAUGCUGAUAGAUGGCUGCUGGUAUCUUGGGGACAUUAUGUGUGCCCUCUACCUAGUUUCAGAUUAUGCAAUCACUUCUGCCUCAAUAGGAACUAUGGUGCUUAUUUCUGUUGACCGCUACAUAGCCAUUUGUCAGCCCUUAUAUUACACAAGUAAAGUCACUGCAGAAAGAGCAACAAUUUGGGCCAUAAUUUGUUGGAUUUCCUCUGUUCUUUUUCACAGUCUACUGCUGAGAAAUAACCUGCAAAAGCCAGGCAGAUAUAAUUCCUGCUCUGGAGAGUGUGCAGUUGGUGUUGAUUAUAUUGGAGACAUUUUUGACCUUUUGUUUUCCUUCAUUGGUCCUGUCACUGUGAUAAUUAUUCUGUAUAUGAGAGUGUUUGUAGUGGUUGUGUCUCAAGCUCGGGUCAUGCAGUCUCAGGUUGCAGCAAUCUCACUUCAGGGUUCAGUGAGAGUCACAGCAAUGAAAUCUGAAAUUAAGGCAGCUGUUAUCCUCGGGAUUGUUGUAGUCGUGUUUCUGAUAUGUAUCUGCCCAUAUUUCUGUGUUAUACUAAUUGCAGAAGAUACUGCAGUAAGUGCUUCAUCUGUGAUAUUUCUUCUGUAUUAUUUUAAUUCCACCCUGAACCCUCUAAUCUAUGCACUAUUUUACCCCUGGUUUAGGAAAUCUCUGAAAUUAAUUAUUACACUGCAGAUCCUGAAGCCUGGCUCAUGUGAAACCAAUAUAAUUUGA